AUGGAGCCAGAAGUGGACUUUGGCCAAAGAGAUGUAGACAAGGGAAUGAGAGUGAAGGCGAAGGAGGCAAAAGAGGUACUUCCUCAGUCCUCCAGCUCCAGCUCAGACAGCCAGUCACCAAGUCCCUACUUCAGGAACGCUGCCCAAUCAGGGGGCCCUCACCUGCUGAAGCUCAGUCCCUGCGCCGCAGUUCGCGAAGCUGUGUCCGUUCCCCGGGCUCCCGCGGAGGCCGCGUUCGAGGUCCCGGUCGCGAUGGGUACAAAGGCGAAAGCCGCGAGGAGACACUUGCGCCUCUUCACGUUGGCCACCCUGUGCUCUUUGGUGCUGGGCAAGAGUACAGUGUACACUCCUGAAUCUGAAGUCAGAAUUCCUGAGAAUAAAACUGUCAAGUUGUCCUGCUCCUACUCGGGCUUUUCCUCCCCCCGCGUGGAGUGGAAGUUUGUACAAGGAGACACUACCAGCCUUGUGUGCUACAACAACAAGAUCACAGCAUCCUAUGAGGACCGAGUCACCUUCUCACCCAGUGAUAUUACCUUCUCUUCCGUGACCCGGAAAGACAAUGGGCUGUAUACAUGUAUGGUCUCUGAGGAAGGCGGCAACAACUACGGGGAGGUCACAGUCAAGCUCAUUGUGCUUGUGCCUCCAUCCAAGCCUACGGUCAGCAUACCCUCCUCUGCCACCAUCGGGAAUCGGGUGGUGCUGACCUGCUCAGAGCCAGACGGUUCCCCACCUUCUGAGUACUCCUGGUUCAGGGAUGGGGUGCCGAUGCCCACGGACCCCAAGAACAGUCGUGCCUUCAGCAACUCUUCCUACGAGCUGAACCAAAAGUCAGGGGAGCUGGUCUUUAGUCCUCUGUCGGCCUCUGAUACAGGAGAAUACUAUUGUCAGGCACAGAAUGGGUACGGGACACCCGCGUCGUCCGCAGCUGUGCGCAUGGAAGCCGUGGAGCUGAACGUGGGGGGCAUUGUGGCUGCUGUCCUUGUAACACUGAUUCUCCUGGGACUCUUGAUCUUUGGCCUCUGGUUUGCCUACAGCCGAGGCUACUUUGACAGAAAAAAGAAAGGGACUUCAAGUAAGAAGGUGAUUUACAGCCAGCCCAGUGCUCGAAGUGAGGGGGAAUUCAAACAGACCUCGUCGUUCCUGGUGUGAUCCUGGUCUGGCUCAUCUGCUGUCGUUUGUACUUGCCUCACUCAGGUGCUGCCAGCUCUGGUCCUGAUGUCUGUAGCUCACAGGAUGCCUUAUCUAUCUUCUAGACCCCCAGAGCCCCACUUCUAUCUUAGGAUGUGUUUUUGAUAAAACGUCA